CGGUAAAGUCUCUACACCUCGUAAAGUAUGUCGAGAACAUCACCUCACACUGGAAUAUCAAAACAAAUCGCGAUUCAUGUGCUGUAUGUGUGUCAAAGAACUUCCACCAGGCGAAUUAGCUAGAAAUAGCAUUGAACCUAUAGAUGGAGUUGCAUCUGUUCUUAAGGAAAGGCUUGAUAACAGAAUUAGAGAAUUGGAUUUGGUUUCACAGUCAAUUCACAAGAGAAUUGAAGCGAGUGAUGAGAGCAUUAGCUCUGCUGUGGAAUGUGCAAGAUCUGAAGUGCGAAGGUUUUUUACUGCCCUUAACUUGCUUCUGAAUAAACAAGAAGAAUCGUUUCAACAUCAGCUUACGUCGUUAUUGCAUACGACGACAUCGCGACCAAUUUUUAAUGAAAUGCGAGAAACUUCAGAAGCUAUUGAUGAACUUGUUGAAAAAGGGAAAGGAUUAUUGUGUGAAGAUAAUCUUGUUGUUUCCAAAAAGUUUGAUCAUAUCUCCAGAGUAAUCGAUGAGUUACUCCUUAGUGACAACGUUAAUAAAUUUCCAUCACCUACGUUACAAGUAUCUAUUAAUGUUCAUCGACAUCUUCUGGAAAUGGUCAGACAUCCUGGGUAUAUAUCCACCACCUUUGAUGAAUGUAGAGCAUCAAGAAAUGUUGUUUACAAAAGUGAACAGAAGCCAAACAAAUUUGAUGAAAGUGUUGAAGAGAAUUUUGAUGCAAAGGAAAAAGAUGAUGUUGGGGAAACAUUUCCUACUCCACCUCAAGUCUCUAUUUGUUCUCCGCCAAUUAGUGUAACAGGAGAAGACGAUGAAACCCCGUAUCCGCUGAUGCCUCGAUUUUCUCGAAAUUCUAGUCCAAUGUUGUCCAGUCCGGAAGAGGACAUGACUUUACGACCAUUGGCUGUUAAUAAUGUCAACAACGAGAACGAACAGAAAGGAGUAUGUUCUUGUCGUUCUAACGAGUCACUUGAUUCAGAAACUCCGAGAAAUACAAAAGAUGCAAAGGAUUUAAACCAGAAGACAGAUGGCAAUCAUGAUCCAAGCAGUAAAUGUAAGGAAAACAAAAGUGUUAAGAGGAAACUUUCCGAAAAGAGCCUCUUACUUCCUUUUCCAAGAAAAUCAAGACGCACUGAGGCGUCGAAAGAAUUGAAUCUGUGUGACAAGUUAUUAACCGAACUGUGGGUCUCAGAUGAUUCAUUCCCGUUUGCUAGACCAGUUGACCCUAAAAAGGUCCCUAAAUAUUACGAAAUAAUAAAAAAUCCAAUUGAUUUGACGGCCAUCAAGACGAAAUUACAAACUAUAAACUAUGAUUCAGUGUAUGAUUUUGUUGACGAUAUGAAAUUGUUAUUUGAUAACUGUUAUCUUUUUAAUCCGCAAAAUACGUCCAUAUAUCAAAAUGGUGUGAAUUUGGAAAAACAAUUUAUGACCUUGCUGCGAGCAAAUUUCCCCACGCUUUACUAUCAAUCAUCAAUUCCCGAAAAUAAUGUGUAAACUUUUUAAAUAUUGUUGAAGAUACCUCUUUGAAGUGCUGGAAAUAAAGUUAUCUAACUGUGGUUGUAAUAGAUUUGCAUGGAUAUAUUUGUGUAAUAGUCGAUGGAUAGUCGAUCAAGACAUCGCCUGGAAACUCGUCUAGAGUCAUGAUCUCGAUAAAGCACUAAAACAGUAUUUACGAAUUACGGGGAGAUUAACCCAUGGACAGACAGUUGUGUCGUGGCCAUUUUUUUUCCGCAAGCAAUCGAAAGCAUCCUUAUAACGUCACGGAAAACGGGCUUUAUCUUGUCUUGCAUGCAGGCACACGCACGUGUUAAACGCCGGAUUUGAAAAGCGCGAUAUAUUCCGCAAAGACGCCGCAAAUAUUGUUUUAUUAUUUGAGGGCAACACAAUGAGAUCCCGACCCCCGGCCUAAAGUGUGUAACUAAUUUA